AUGCAGAUGAUAUCACUGCCUUUGCUGAUUACAGGUACCAAUUUUCUGCAUAGACGCAUAACCACACGUAGAGUUCCACAGGUGUUACAUUAUUUUGGGGUAAUACAGUAUAGUGAAGACCUAAUCACGAAGAUACGUAACGGUGAAGAAAUUGACAACGGAAGCGAGUUCGAAGUGGAAAUCCGAGCUGCAACAAUCUUAGCUGUUCAUCUUGGAACUACACAGUACUCUUGGUACAAGUAUGGGAUUUUCAGCAUGUGAUAUUGGUAGCCCAAAUUUAUCAGGCCAACCAUUGAUAUCAGGUGUGCGUCGGCCGGGGAUCAAACCCCGGACAAUGUGCAUGGUAGGCGAGAGUCCCAACCGCUGUACCACCGACUCACAGCAAUAAUAUGAACUAUUUUGUGGCGAUACUAUAUUUUACAUUGAUAAUACCUUUCUAUUUUUCUCAAGAACAUAAGUAUCCAAAGUGAGUGAUUUAUUGAUAACAAUUUGUCAAUCUAGUGUUCUGUAUUUUCUGAGCUAGAUAACAUAAAAUUGUUACCUAAUAUUUAGAUAUAUAUUCGAGAUUAUUAUUUCAGUCAGGUUACAGUCACAAAGAAAGCAUGAGUUUCCUCUUGUUGAUGAAAGUCAGAAUACAAGAAGCCUAUAUUUACAAACAUGAUGACGUUUAUG